CCCUUUUGGUGGCUGCUUUCAUGCCCGUGGUUACUGAAGAAGAAGGAGGAAGUGGAGCUGAGCUCCGGUUAUGAUUCGGCUUUUUUAUUAAAGAAUUAAAGGUGUCAUCUCAUGGAGCCCAUCCGUCCUGCAUUAUGUCCCUUCUUGAUGACAUCACAGGCCCGUUCCUGCCAGAGCUGAGUGCCGUGAUCGCGUGUUUCCUCACAUCAUCUCUUCUGUCUCGGUGAAGUCAAUCCACUGUGUGCUAACCUCACUGACAGCCUCGAACAUGGCUCCUGUACCCCCUGGCAUUCGCUUCCUGGCGUCCUUUAACCGGGACCAGUGGUACCGAGCCUUUACGUUCGUCCUCACGUUCCUGCUCUACACCAGCUUCCACCUGUCCAGGAAGCCCAUCAGCAUUGUAAAGAGUGAACUCCAUAAGAACUGUACGCAGAUUAGAGAGGAGAUGUCUACUGUAAAACACAUCGGCAGUCAACACCCCAUUAUUGCUGAUACAGACUGCAGCUGGAAACCAUUUGAUAAAACAAACUAUAAGCAGCUGUUGGGGGCGAUGGACUACUCCUUCCUGUGUGCUUAUGCUAUAGGCAUGUAUCUGAGUGGAAUCAUCGGAGAGCGUCUGCCCAUCCGUCUCUACCUGAGUGUGGGCAUGCUGACCAGCGGCCUCUUCACCUGUCUGUUCGGACUCGGAUACGUCUACGACAUUCACAACCUCGGAUUCUACAUCUUCGUCCAGAUUGCCAACGGAGUGGUUCAGACUACUGGCUGGCCCAGUGUAGUGACUUGCAUUGGAAACUGGUUUGGCAAGGGCAGACGAGGUCUGAUCAUGGGGCUGUGGAACUCUCACACAUCUGUCGGGAACAUCCUGGGUUCUCUGAUCGCCGCGUACUACGUGUCCUCUAACUGGGGGAUGUCUUUCAUCGUCCCCGGCAUCAUCAUCGCCGUCAUGGGCGUCAUCUGCUUCCUCUUCCUUAUAGAGCACCCAAACGAUCUGAAAGCGAUUACCGCUCAAAAUACCAUCAGUGGUCCCCAGAAGUUGAACAAAAGCUGGAAUGGAGUUAAUGGCCAUAAGGAGCUCUACCUGCAGUUUAAACCAGGAGCAAAAUCCAAGAAUCAGAGCCCCGAUACAGAGCUGUUGUUGGGGCAGGACAGUGUAGGAGUGUGUGUCCCGGUGCAGCAGGUGGUGGUAGUGAAGAGUGAAGCAGAGCCGGGUGCCAUUAGUUUCAUGGGCGCUUUGCGCAUACCGGGUGUUGUGGAGUUCUCCCUUUCCCUGCUGUUUGCUAAGCUGGUCAGCUACACGUUUCUGUUCUGGCUGCCCCUGUACAUCACUAAAGCAGCUCACCUUGAUGCAAAGAAGGCAGGAGAUCUCUCCACCCUGUUUGACGUGGGAGGAAUCGUCGGUGGAAUCCUGGCAGGCGUGAUCUCAGAUAAGAUGGAAAAGAGAGCCACUACGUGUGCUGUGAUGCUGCUCCUGGCUGCUCCAACACUUUAUGGCUUUUCCAUGAUGAGCCAGUUUGGUCUGGGCCCCACUAUCGGGAUGCUGCUGGUGUGUGGAGGGUUAGUGAACGGACCCUAUGCUCUCAUCACGACCGCUGUGUCUGCUGAUCUGGGCACCCAUAAGAGCCUGAAAGGUAACGCCCGUGCUCUGUCAACAGUCACCGCCAUAAUCGAUGGGACAGGGUCUGUGGGUGCUGCGGUAGGCCCCCUGCUGGCCGGGCUGCUCUCUGCACACGGUUGGGAUCAGGUCUUCUACAUGCUUAUGACGGCAGACUUUCUUGCACUACUGCUGUUGCUGAGAUUGGUGUUUAAGGAGAUGAAGUCAAACAAGAAUCAUCCAAGAGCAUCUGUAGAACUUAAGGAGCAUUGAGCACUUUGCACUUAAAUUCGAAUGGAGGAGGAAGGACUUCCCAAACCCGGGACCACCGCUCAAAUCUCUCCUUCUCCGAACCGGACCCACCCAGAACCGGCUUGGUUAACGUCCACUGUGCUUUUGUGUUGCUCUAGCAGUGUAAUGGGACAAACCUGAAACUUGAACUCUUGACAUUGCUGUAUCCUGAGUAGCAGCCUGUUACACGCUUGCCUUUUUUACCGGCUGUGUACAGAGCUAAAGUCCUGCUCCAUCUUCAUCUUCCUCAAACCAAUGAAGUUCUUUUUUAAUGUUUUACAUGUGAGCUGUAUCGGAUCAGUGAAGGAAUUAAGCAUGGUCUAAAUGUUUAUCGCUUCCUUUUGUGUCUGUGUUAGUAGAGUAGGUGUCCUUGUAAUGAGGUGUCGCUUAGUCACAUGCUUACGAGGUGCAGGUAUCUAUUUGGAUCAUGUAAUAUUUAUAGUUUGGAAUCCACUCACUAUUAGUGGAAAUCUAAUGAUAUUUAAAGAUGCAGUGUGUACAGUACGUGUUUGUAUCAGACAUGCUUUAGCUAAACUUUUUCAUUUCUGCUUCAUUUAUUUCUGGGCCUGAAAUGAGCUGUUUUGCCAAAAGAAACAAAGAAAGGGUCAGGUCCGUUAGAUAUAAAGACAAAGCCUGGAUUAAAAAGUUUCCAAUGCUGUUGCAGUUCCCCUUGGAGGCAGCUCUGAAAGUUACAUUGUGCAUUGUCACAGAUGAAGCAUUCAUUCAUUCUUUCAAUUAUUGGAUAAACCUUACAUCUUUCUUUCGGCUGCUCCCGGCGGACCAUCCGAACUGCACACAGGCUGGCCCUUCCUGACACAGCCCUCCCAUAUUUCUAAUCGGGCUUGUGACCGGCACUGCAUGGGAAUUGAACCCGAGCCUUUCCGUUGCAGGCAAAACACCUACCACUAAGCCACCUGUGCCCAAUUUAAAUCUAAUAGGCUUAAAAGAUAACCAGGGUUUAACCCAUAAACGCUGUCAUGGCACUUGCACAUUUUGAUGAGUUGGAUGAGUUUUAAACCCAACCAGUCCAGUGUAUUUUCUGUUGUUGUUUUUUAAAUAUAUAUUUUUUUAUAUAUGUAUAUAAUCUUAAUGCACAAAGUCCAUGCCAGAUGUUAGACAGAGAAGACAAAGACAUGUAGCAUACAUGGCGAGACCAAGACUAGGACUCUGGACUUUCCCAUGUUGCUAAUAAUCAAUGAAAGCUGAAAGAACCUGCUUACACAUAGACAACUAGUUUCAUCCGACUCACAUUCAUUAAUGGAUGUUUUCUUCCUUUCAGCUUCAUCUCUUACCUUUUCAUGUGUUUCCCUUCAAGCACAUGAAAAGUGUAUAGAUAAUUGUGUUGUGUGUGUCUGUGUGUUAUAUAUAUAUUAGAGGGGAGUUAAUGUUAAUAUAUUGUUUUUCAUUCACAUCUGCCUUUCUACAAACCAAAGUCAAAACCUUACGUUAUUUAUAUAAAAAUAUUAUAUUAGGUUAUUUAAAUACUGUGAUUUAAAUCCUGUGGUCCAAAGUGCGUUGAGAUUCUGUGUACAUACUGUAUAUUGAGAUUUUGUUGAGUUAUUUAGGUUCAGAUGCAGACUGAUGUGAACGGUCCUCUGACUGCUUUGCUCUGAUACACAGUGACUGUGUACGCAAGUGUGUUCUGUACUGUGGUGUUAUAGACGGCUCCUCGUUCCUUCAUCAUGGAGAUUUAGGUUUUUUUUUUUCAAACUUUGCUUAGUUAAUUUUCUAUAAUGAGUAUAAAGACGGAAUACACAGUAAGCAAAAGAAACGAGAACUUAAAACAUGAUUCAUCAUCAAUCUUUUAUUCACUUUUAAACUGUUGAAAUCGUUUGACUGAAAUGCUGUGAUAAGGAAUGAUGCAGUUGAAUCUGGUCUGUGGUCCGGCCGUGGAUGUCGCAUUAUAGAUGGUUGAAUGUAUGUUUGUAUAAGAAAGUUGCAUAUACAAAAUUUUUUAAGGGUGUUAAAAUCGUGCCUUGUUUUCUAUUUUAUUGCUCUUUAUAUUGGUUUGUUUUUGUUAUUUUUCUUUAGAAUCCUUUAUGACUCUCUUAGAAAGUCAUUGCAGUAGCUGUGCUGGAUAUUCACUUUGUAUAAAGGAAUUAAAAAGAAUUAAUGUGAACAAGAAUCACAUUAUAAAUAAACAGGAAUAUCAA